AAAGGCUCAUUGUAGGCAGGGAUGAGGGUGUGCGCUGCGCGUAGAGACGACCCCCUCCUCCCCCUCCUCAACUAGCUGGUCAGCAGCGGGGGGAUUAGGAAAGCCAGCUCCGCUCACUUACCAACCAGCAGACAUUAGGGGGGGAUUGCAAUAAGCGUGAAUCAUGCUCGUCAUCACCACUACCGACUGGGAGUGGAGCCGAAAUUGUGCAAGAUACGGAUAACAGCGCAAAAGUAGGUCCGCGCGGAUCGAGCCAAGUUGCCAGGUCUCCUCGUUUCACGCCGUGGAAAUGCUUCACCGGGAGCUCGGCUGUUCCUGCUGCUGCGUGUGCUGCUCGGACCCGUCUCGUUACUGCCUCUCUCACAUGUGCUUUAUUUUGAAGAAGUGACCAGAUCCAGGAUCAGGAUAAACCCGCAAGGAGACGCACGGGAGCGCGACUGAACAAACCAAAGGGCGUGCGGAUACUUUUUUCCCCGCCAGAUCUAUAUAUUUAUAUAUAUAUUUUUUGCAGUCGAGGGGGGGAAAGUUUUUUGGAUACAGAGGGAACCAUGGGGAACGCGGGGAGCAUGGAGCAGCACACGGAUUUCAGAGGACACAACAUGCCCCUGAAGCUGCCCAUGCCCGAAGCAGGGGAGCUGGAGGAAAGAUUUGCGAUCGUGUUGAACUCAAUGAAUCUUCCUCCGGACAAAGCCCGACUUUUGAGACAGUACGACAACGAGAAGAAGUGGGAGCUCAUCUGCGAUCAGGAGCGAUUCCAGGUCAAAAACCCGCCUCACACAUACCUCCAGAAGCUGAGGAGUUAUCUGGACCCCGCAGUCACGAGAAAGAAAUUCAGACGGAGGGUCCAGGAGUCCACUCAAGUGCUGAGAGAACUGGAAAUUUCACUACGGACCAAUCACAUAGGCUGGGUGAGAGAAUUCCUCAACGAAGAGAACAAAGGCCUGGACGUGCUGGUGGAGUACCUCUCCUUCGCACAGUACGCCGUCACGUUUGAUGGGGACUGCGUGGAGAAUAACGGCGACGCCAUGAUGGAUAAGUCUAAAGCGUGGAGCCGCUCUAUAGAAGACCUGCAUCGAGGGAGCGCCGCGCCGCCUCCCAUCACGGGGAACAGCAUCACACGCGCGGGGCGACAUUCCACGUUACGCUCCAACACGCUGCCCAGCCGACGGACACUGAAGAACUCCAGACUGGUCUGCAAGAAGGACGACGUCCACGUCUGCAUCAUGUGCCUGCGCGCCAUCAUGAACUACCAGUAUGGCUUCAACAUGGUCAUGUCACACCCGUGUGCUGUGAACGAAAUUGCACUAAGUCUUAACAAUAAAAACCCAAGAACCAAAGCUCUGGUCCUGGAGCUUCUGGCGGCCGUUUGCCUUGUGAGAGGAGGCCACGAAAUAAUUCUUGCCGCGUUCGACAACUUUAAGGAGGUGUGGACCGAGACGCAGCGGUUUGAGAAGCUGAUGGAGUAUUUCAAGAACGAGGACAACAACAUCGACUUCAUGGUGGCUUGUAUGCAGUUCAUCAACAUUGUCGUGCACUCCGUGGAGGACAUGAACUUCAGAGUUCAUCUCCAGUAUGACUUCACCAAGCUCUGUCUGGACGACUACUUAGACAAACUGAAGCACACGGAGAGCGACAAGCUCCAGGUGCAGAUCCAGGCGUACCUGGACAACGUGUUCGACGUGGGAGCGCUGCUGGAGGAUGCCGAGACCAAGAACGCCGCGCUGGAGAGGGUGGAGGAGCUGGAGGAGAACAUGUCGCACAUGACGGAGAAGCUACAGGACAUGGAAAACGAAGCCAUGUCCAAGAUCGUGGAGCUGGAGAAGCAGCUGAUGCAGAGGAACAAGGAUCUCGAGUCCAUCCGGGAAGUGUACAAAGACGCCAGCACGCAGGUGCAGUCGCUGCGGCAGAUGCUGAAGGAGAAGGACGAGGCCAUCCAGAGGCAGACCAACCUGGAAAGGAAGAUCCACGAGCUGGAGAAGCAGGGCACCAUCAGAAUCCACAAGAAGGGCGACGGGGACAUCUCCAUCCUGACCUCGCCGGGCGCGGAGGGGGUCGCUGGGGGCGUGGCCGCGCCGCCCCCGCCUCCUCCCCCGCCCCCACCCAUGCCGCUGAGCGGCUCCAUGCCAAACGGACCCUCGCUGCUCACUCCGGCGCCGGUGGCAGCCCCUCCUCCCCCGCCGCCUCCUCCUCCCCCGCCGCCUCCUCCCCCCCCACCCCCCGGCCUGCCCCCUGAGACCUCAGCCCCUCUGCCCCCCCCGCCGCCCCCUGCCGCUCCGCCGCUGCCCGGCUCCGGGACGCCCACCGUCAUCAUGAACUCCGGGUUGGCAGAGGGACCCAUCAAACUCUUCUCUGUGAAGAUCAAGAAGCCCAUCAAGACCAAGUUCCGAAUGCCCGUCUUCAACUGGGUGGCCCUGAAGCCAAACCAGAUCAACGGCACCGUCUUCAACGAGAUCGACGAUGAGCGGAUCCUCGAGGACCUGAACGUGGACGAGUUCGAGGAGAUGUUCAAGACGAAGGCCCAGGGCCCCUCCAUCGACCUCAUCACGAGCAAGCAGAAGGUCACCCAGAAGCUGCCCAACAAGGUGUCGCUGCUGGACUCCAACCGGGCCAAGAACCUGGCCAUCACGCUGAGGAAAGUGGGCAAGACGCCGGAGGAGAUCUGCAAGGCCAUCCAGCUGUUCGACCUGCGGACUCUGCCCGUGGACUUCGUGGAGUGCCUGAUGCGCUUCCAGCCCACGGAGAACGAGGUCAAAGUCCUGCGGCAGUUCGAGAGGGAGCGCAAGCCGCCGGAGAGCCUGACGGACGAGGACCGCUUCAUGCUGCAGUUCAGCAAGGUGGAGCGGCUCAUGCAGAAGAUGACCAUCAUGGCCUUCGUCGGCAACUUCUGCGAGAGCGUGCAGAUGCUCACGCCCCAACUCCACGCCAUCAUUGCGGCAUCUGUGUCCAUCAAGUCGUCGCAGAAGUUGAAGAAGAUUUUAGAGAUUAUCCUAGCGCUUGGCAACUACAUGAACAGCAGCAAAAGAGGAGCCGUGUACGGGUUCAAGCUGCAGAGUUUAGACCUGCUCCUCGACACCAAGUCGACGGACCGCAAAAUCACGCUGCUGCACUACAUCGCCAACGUGGUGAAGGAGAAGUACGCGCAGGUGUCGCUCUUCUACAACGAGCUGCACUACGUGGAGAAGGCGGCGGCGGUGUCGCUGGAGAACGUCCUGCUGGACGUGAAGGAGCUGCAGAGGGGCAUGGAGCUGACCAAGCGAGAGUACAGCAUGCACGGCCACAACACCAUGCUCAAGGACUUCAUCACGCACAACGAGAGCAAGCUGAAGAAGCUGCAGGACGACGCCAAGAUCGCACAGGACGCGUUCGAUGAGGCGGUGAAGUUCUUCGGGGAGAACUCCAAAACCACGCCGCCCUCCGUCUUCUUCCCCGUGUUCGUGCGGUUCGUUAAGGCCUACAGGCAAGCGGAGGAGGACAACGAGCAACGGAAGAGGCAGGAGCAGAUCAUGAUGGAGAAACUCUUGGAACAAGAGGCCAUGAUGGAAGAGGACCAGAAGUCUCCAUCUCACAAGAACAAGCGGCAGCAGCAGGAGCUGAUCCAGGAGCUGAGGAGGAAACAGGUGAAGGACAGCCGCCACGUGUACGAAGGCAAAGACGGAGCCAUUGAAGACAUCAUCACAGUGCUGAAGACAGUGCCCUUUACCGCCCGCACAGCCAAGCGCGGCUCUCGGUUCUUCUGCGAGCCCGCCCUCAAUGAGGAGUACCAUUACUAAAGCUUAUAGACCUCUCUCUCUGCGCAAAGAUUUGAGGAAUCAGCCUUACAGGCGAGCCGACGCCGUGCGGAGGAGCGUCCGGAGGCGCUUUGAUGAUCAGAACCUGCGGCCGAUGAACAACAGUGAAGUGGUCAUGUGAUGAGGGACAGUGGAUGUGUCUGUGGGUGGUGAAAGGUUACGAAGGAGAGAACCGAAAGGCUGGAGUCAGAGUGAUGGACAAGUGAAAGGUGACAAGCGUUGAAAUGAAAUGUAUGUAUAUAUAUAUAUUACAUGAGAACACGCUAUUCUAUGGCCGUGCUAUAGUAGCAGCUUUUCACUAUGAAGGACUGGGACAUGGACAAUUUAAAGAAAAGUGUCUGAAAGGUUGAUUUGAGAAACCUUAAACAAGCGAAGUGCCUGAACUUAAUUGUGAUCUAAUGUCACAUUGUCUUCUGUUUGUCUAAUAAUCCCCUAAAAGCAAUACGACGUCCCUUGGCUUUAACUGUACGGCGUGUUAAGACGUGAGGUAGAAUGUACAGCACGUGUUCCCCUUCCCUGCAGAAAGUAUUCCACGUUUGACCGAUGCUGUAAUAUCGCAGUACAUUCCAGUUCUUGAACUAUACAAACGUGCUCAACUUGCACAUUUUUUUUACAUCUCAUUGUGUUAAAGGCCGACUAGGCCGAAAAAGUGAAUAAAUAAAUCAAAUCUAUAUUUUUACUAAAGUAUAAGUAAGAAGAAGGACUGAAAGGAAAACCAAACAAGAUGAGGAUAAUGUCACCUGCACAGAUCAGAUGUCUCCACUCGGACUCGUUUCUACAUUAGUUAAUGGAUCACGUCCGACUGUGUGGCUCCUAAUCCAUUAAAAGCUAACAUGAAACUAUCCAUUUCUGUAGCAGCAAAGCAAUUUGUCUGUUCCUGGAAACAAAUUAAGCAAAUGCAGAGUAAACAGGUCUGUGAAGCCCCGAAAUAUAUUUCCCACCAAGCAUGAAAGCUACACGAAACAUACUGUUUGAUCUCAUUGUUGAAACUGGACGCAACUCUGUAUUUUAUCUUUUAGCAUUUUUUACAGUUUAAUUAUAUUUCAGGCUACUGUGUCUACUUACUUUAUUGUAAUUUUAAUGUAUAGUAUUUAACCACUGAAAGUGCUCACGUAUUCAUCUGUGAUCAUUAAAAAAGCAAAAGUACACAAAAUGUUUCCUAAAUGUACAGAUAUUUUGCUACAGCUUUUUUUUACUUAAUUCACAUUAGCAGAUGGUUAAUAUUGUACAUAUUGUUUAAAGUUUUCAUUGCCUUCGUGUUAUACAACUUGAAUGUUAUUUUAACUUAUAGUUUCCAUUUUGUAUAUUUAAUUAAGCCAAAUGCAACCAGAGUGUGAAAUGUCUCACACAAUGCAGGGGAACCACUGAGUUGGACUGUGACUAUGAAUCCAUAAUCAUCUCCACUGAAGCACAUGCAGCUCCUUUCCUCUCAGCGUCAUUGUCUCAAAGUCAUUCCUCUAACUGGAUCUUACUGGCGUUUUUAUUUUCACCAGAAAUGUAUUUUAGGCAGUUUGUGCUCAUAACAAAAUAACAAGCUUUUCUAAAAAAUUAGGUGAUGAGAUUUUCAACAAAUAUGAUCAAAUAAACAUUUACAUUGAAUAGAGAAAAGUUAAACUGAAA